UUGAGCUGGGGACGGGCCUCGUGGGCGGCUUACUUCGUGAUACUCUGUUCCGAGUGAUUUUGUUCUCAACACAUCAGACAGUGAUCAAUUAUUAUUAAAAAAUGGCUUUACACGUACCGAAAGCACCAGGCAUGGCCUCGAUGAUGAAGGAGGGAUCACGGUAUUUCGCUGGUCUUGAGGAAGCAGUAUUCAGGAAUAUUUCAGCCUGCAAAGAGUUGGCUCAAACUGUCCGUACUGCGUAUGGACCUAAUGGCAUGAACAAAAUGGUGAUUAAUCACAUUGGCAAACCGUUCGUCACUAGCGAUGCUGGAACUAUCAUCAGGGAAUUGGAUAUCGAGCAUCCCGCUGCCAAACUGAUGGUCAUGGCGUCACAGAUGCAGGAGUCUGAAGUAGGAGAUGGCACGAAUUUUGUCAUUAUGUUCUGUGGAGCCCUUCUGGAGGCCGCUGAUGAACUUCUUCGUCUGGGUAUCACGACAUCUGAAGUAGCCAUUGGUUACGAAGUGGCUCUCAAGAAAGCUCUUGAGAUCCUCUCAACUCUCGUAAUCCACGAGAUCAAAGACGUGAGAAACGCGGAACAAGUGAAAGCCGUGAUGAAGUCCUCGAUAAUGAGCAAGCAGUACGGAAUGGAGGAGUUGUUGUCAUCCCUGAUAACUGAAGCAUGUAUUUCCAUUCUCCCGGAAAACACCACCUUCAACGUUGACAACGUACGAGUCUGCAAGAUCCUGGGUUCUGGGAUUCACGCGUCCCAGGUGAUUCAGGGGAUGGUCUUUAAGCGAAGCGUUGAGGGAGAUGUGACUAAGCAGGAGAAGGCGAAGAUUGCUGUCUACACAUGCCCCGUUGAUAUCGCCACCACUGAGACUAAGGGAACUGUACUCAUCAAGAGCGCCGCAGAGCUUCUGCAGUUUUCCAGCGGAGAGGAAUCACUCUUGGAGAAGCAGAUCGAGGCUAUUGCUGAUUCAGGAGCUAAAGUCGUUGUUUCUGGUGCCAAGUUUGGAGCGUUGGCAUUGCAUUAUAUUAAUAAAUACAACCUCAUGGCUGUUCGCAUUCCAAGCAAAUUUGACGUUAGGAGGUUGUGUAAAGCAGUUGGGGCUGUUGCGCUUACGAAAUUGAUUCCACCAACUCAAGAAGAGCUAGGUUACGCCGACUCAGUCCACACUGACGAGCUUGGAGAUACUGAUGUUGUAGUAUUCAGACUUGAUGGAAGAGACAGCAAGAUCAGCACAAUUAUCGUUCGUGGUUCAACAGACAACUAUAUGGACGACAUUGAGCGUUGCAUUGACGACGGUGUCAACACGUUCAAGGCCCUUACAAGGGACGGACGAUUUGUGGCAGGAGCAGGAGCUACUGAGAUAGAAUUAGCUGCACAAAUCGCGGCUUAUGCUGACACUCGUCCUGGGUUGGAACAAUACGCAGUGAGGAAAUUUGCAACUGCCUUAGAGGUCUUCCCUAAGACUCUUUCUGAGAAUACUGGCAACAAGGCUUCUGAGCUUCUUUCUAAACUUUAUGCAGCUCAUAAAGAAGGCAAUAAAACUUUUGGCUUUGAUAUCGAGGACUCUGAAGUUGCUGUGUGUGAUGCUGCGAAAGCUGAAAUUUUCGACGCAUUCUUAGUAAAGCAGUGGGGCCUGAAAUACGCAGUGGAUGCUGCAUGCACCAUCCUGAAGGUCGAUCAAAUAAUAAUGGCGAAACGUGCGGGUGGACCUAAACCACCAGCAGGUCACCACGGUAGCGACGAUGAGUCGUAGAGUUACCAUCACUCCGCGAAUUACCCUUUCCAUUUUUUUACAUCGUUAAACUCGCGAAGUUCAAUCCACAAGCUUUGUUUAAUAAUCAAUUUAUGCAUAUUGAAGAGGUAUCCUUCAUUAUGUACCUCAUUUGGCAAGAUUUUCAUAAUGUCCUUAAAUUAGAAUUGUCUUAUUCCGAAAAAUGAGAGCAUUUAUCGAUCUGCAUUGCCACAAGAGUUCACGUAAGUCAGAGAAUUGCAAAGUUGAAUAAAGUUGGUAAUUUCACACGG